GUGGAUGCUUCUCAGUGGGCAAGUGUUGGUGUGGGUGUUGGUCUGUGUGUGUUUCUGGCUUUGUUUACUUUCCUGGAUCUCUUCUUGUUUCGAGUGUCAGUACGAUCAUUACGCAUUACUACUCAUGCAUUGGUUUAGCGAAGUCCAUACCCGCAUACAUGCUGACUGACCCUUGGCAAGUGGAGUGAACUUUCGGAUUCUGAGCUGAAUCGUGGGGUCAAGCACUGGCCCGACCACCCGCCAUAUCAACCUCACUCAUGACUCAUCUGGGUCCUCAUCUGCGGCAUUAUGGGCCCGUAGCACCCGCCGCCCAUCCCGGCUCAAGCACCAGCCCAAUUCAGCCGAAAUUGAUGCCCCCCUUAACCGAUACAUUUGAGAUCGAAGAUUUCACGGCUUUGUCGGACUGGGAAAAAUUCGUGGCUGGAUUCGAGGAUAUCUUACGUGAUUGGGGUGUCAGCCACUAUCACCCGCCACCUGAUCCGGCUCCCACUAAUGCCACCUCGCCUGGCGUGCCGUGGGUGUGGCGUCAAACGCGCCGUGAGAUUCGAUUUAUGGAUUGCGGCUUUUGGGUCACGCGUUUCCUUCGCACGCUAGAUGUAGCCGAUGAUCCGCCCACUGUACCACCGCCCACGCGCUCGGAUGGCUCGGUCACACCUGGAUCCCGGGCGUGUCAGAGCUUGAUGAACGGCGAGAACGACUUUCCCUGCUCGGCUCAUCCCAUAUAUUAUUUUUACGGCUUGGAUGAGUUUAUCAUCUUAAGUCCGCAAGGGACCGAGCAAGUGGAUAACCCCACCCGUAUCAAGAUGGUCUUGGGUACUUUGAGUGUGGCCGCUCACAACACGGAAUGCGGCAUUCCCAUGUUCAUUCAAGUCAUGCAGCGUAGCCAAGCCCAAUUUGCGGGCUUGUGUGUCAAUGAUCGGUUUCGCACCAUGUUUGAGAUGGCCGUUUUGCCCAAGGUGCCCAGCUCGUGCCGCAACCUGUCGGAAAUAUUGUACGUGUUUCAGGAGAAACUGUCUCAACCCUUACCAAUGUCGGUGCGGGGCUGUCGUUGCACGCUGCGGCGAACCUAUCGCUUGGAGGACUGGACUUCCCACGCCUGGACCCAAGCGCCUCCGGAUUUUGAGCUGUUUGCCAUGUUUGGCGGGCAGUUGGGCUAUUUGAAUGACUUGCGACAGUUGCCCUUUGGCGCGGGUCAAGAUCCCGUCAAGCGUUUACUCUUGAAUACCACUUGGCCCGGUCUCGUCGAAGAAACGGUAUUGGAGAACGAUGUCCAUAAUGAUUUGGACCCUUUGGAGGCCCCCAGUUGGUCCGUAUCCGUCCAAUUCGAAGAGCAGCCUCAGUGCCUUCUAGGGCAAUACCUCCGUCAGUUCGUCAAAGUGUCGGAAAACCAUGAAUCCAUGCUUCGAGUAUUAGGGGACUUCUUCAAUCAAUCAGAUUACGAUGUGGACGAAAGUGUCGACAAUGUGCCCAAUGCCUUGAAGCGAUUAACUGGCCCAACCUAUGGGUUGACUGAUAUCAUCAAAUCAGGCCGAUCCCGACGGAACUCGAAUCAACCAGGUCCCAUUAAAGACGACUACUUGUUCAAGAUUUUGGAGUAUCUUUUCCCUGAUUCCACCGAUAAGCCUGAGUUUCCUUACCCUCAAGACUUUGGGUCGCCCUCUCAUCGACACAAUGAGAAUUUCAAUAACUUUCGUGUCCUUCUCUCUACCAUCAAAUCCUGCCCUGUCGAUGGAUUGUUGUGGAGGUUCACCAUUGUGGCGGCUCACUGCCUUCAUAUUCUAGGCGGCAUCAAACCCUUGGCUCAUCUGAUGCAUGAGUUCAUGCUUGAAAUUCGUUUUCGUUGGGAAAAUGGACGGAAACUUCCGGGCUUGCCCCACGGACCCCCUGACCAUUCUUAUUGUCUGUUCCAUCAAAAGCUUCAGAUGAUCAAUUAUUGCAUCGAUCGUAAACUAGCCAGGGAAUCGGUUCCAAAUCAAUCCAAUGAGGAAGCCGUGACGCCAAAGAAUGAUGAAAAUAGCGAUGAAGAGUUUUUCGACUGUGAUGAGGAUGAGGAGAUUGAAGUGGAUGAAACCAAAACUAAUGCUGCUGAUUUGCCAAUUUGGAACCAGAAACCCGCGGGACGUGCCGAGCGAUUGGGGAAAACCAUGCUGUUGCACCAUAACGAUUUCAUGUACGUCCCAAUUUGCCAGGAACCAGCCCCAAUGACGGACGACCAGUUGGCGGAACAAGCAGAGAUUCUCCUGCAACUGGGAUCUGAUGCCGAGGGAUCCGAAUUGAGAGCCAAAAUGCAAUCUGCCUCGUUACUAUCGGAUAUGGAAAGCUUCAAAGCAGCCAAUCCUGGCUCUGUUCUGGCUGAUUUUGUACGAUGGCAUUCACCUCGAGAUUGGAUCGAAUCCCAAAAAGAUAAUGGAGAAAAGGGCAAGUUAAGCGUGAGAAUGAUGACACCAGGAAAUGCAUGGGCCGAAGCAUGGGAGAGUGCCAAACCAGUGCCCGCACGCCGGCAAAAACGGCUCUUCGACGAUACCCGAGAGGCCGAAAAGGCUAUCAAGUUUCUAACUAGUCUAAAGCCAGGUGAAGCCACUCAAACCCUUAUGCCGACAUUUCUUCACGCCGCAAUCCAUCGAUUGCUCCUCGAAACCUUGGAUAAUGUACCCAACCUCAAGGACAUUAUAAGCACGGUUUUGCCUGUGUUGGCUCGACUCGCCCGGUUCUCUUGCCGACCCGAAGUUCAGCACUAUAGCUCCGAGACACUUCCUGAAUUUGACACUCGGACCAACCUGGUCAGAGAUGUCGUUCAAAGACUCUCUGCGGCCGAGAUCAAACUCUCGCAAGCCUUGUCUUUGAGGGCCAAAUUCACCAAGGACGUGAAUUUUGUCAAGGAAAAGGCCCAACUCGACGAUCAGGAGCAGGUGGCGAGACAAAUGGAGGACUUUGUCAGACAACUCUACUCUUGUCCUGAGGUCAAAGUGGUUGGAGCUAGUCGGGGACCUGCCGGUCAAUUGAUCCAAAAAAUGUUUAAAGAGGCUGAAAAAGCCACCCAAAUGAUCACCGAUGACAUGGAGGCUGUGACGGAUGCGCCUCUUAAGGUGUUUCCCGCUCCUGUGUCCAGAGAAUACAUUAUUCGCGUGGCCGUCCCUCGACCAUUCCCUUAUUCAGCCAAAUCCCCACAACGUUUGUACGUUUGCAUUAAAGAUAAGGAAUUUCGUCUGGCUGGAGCCUUCACAUUGGACAAGGAAUAUCUGUGAUGUACGCUUUCGGUUUUAAUGGAUCCAUUUUCAUUUUCUGCCUUUCAUGACAUUUAUGCAUAUCAUUUUACUGCUAAAGAUAUUUUAAAACUCGAGGA